AUGCAUAAACUGGGUCAGGGGGCAGGGCAGACCUCAUCGAACGCCAGCAACAGGAAGCAUAAACUGGGUCAGGGGGCAGAGCAGACCUCAUCGAACGCCAGCAACAGGAUGCAUAUAUUUGGUGACUCUUGGUUCAGCCUGACUAAUCUUGUCGUUGGCGCUGCGACUGGGGUAGGAGCCGUCUUUGCUGCGCCAGUUGUGCUUUCGGCUGCUGGGUUUACUGGUGCUGGGGUUGCGCUUGGAUCUGAUUGGCAAACAAGCAGUGAUAGGUUAACCACCAGGGAUAGGUCAACAAUUAGUGAUAGGUCAACAAGCAGUGAUAGGUCAACAAUUAGCGAUAGGUCAACAAGCAGUGAUAGUUCAACAUUUAGCGAUAGGUCAACAAGCAGUGAUAGUUCAACAAUUAGCGAUAGGUCAACAAGCAGUGAUAGUUCAACAUUUAGCAAUAGGUCAACAAGCAGUUAUAGUUCAACAUUUAGCGAUAGGUCAACAAGCAGUGAUAGUUCAACAAUUAGCGAUAGGUCAACAAGCAGUGAUAGUUCAACACCUAGCGAUAGGUCAACAAGCAGUUAUAGUUCAACAUUUAGCGAUAGGUCAACAAGCAGUGAUAGGUCAACACUUAGCGAUGGGUAA